AUGAUAUUAAUUGUAAUUUUGACACUUGGAUUGGCUGACACAUUCACACAUAGUAAGACUAGUUUAUAUCUAAGUGAACCUUUAAGAAAUUUAAGUAAAUCUCGUCUUUUACUUGAAAGAAAAAUAUUUGGUCCCCAAGACUCUUUUGAAUUGUUUUUGUCCAAAAGAAGUAUACUAAAUGGCUACCCUAAACGUAGAAAAGAAUAUAAAAGACCUCAUUGGUAUGAUUCAUUUGAAGAAGAAGUUGAGAAGGAACCACUUGGACCUUACUGUAGUAAAUUAACUAAAGAUGUAAUAGAAGGUAAAAGAAGACUGAGACUUACAUUGAAAAAAACGAAGAAACAAAUGUAUGCAACAAUCUUCGACGAUGUUACCAGAGAAACACUGUGUUUUGUAGCAACCAACUUCAAAUACCUAUCGCACAUUUUUGGGACAGUUCCGACAAAAAAUCCAAAAAUUCUAAGGAAUAAAGGAGGAAACAUAAAAGCAGCAUAUGAAUUGGGAAAAUUAAUUGGAAAACAGGCGUUAUCAAGAGGAAUUUCAAAAGUGUUCUUUGAUCGUGCUGGAUACAGAUACCAAGGAAGAGUUGAAGCUCUAGCAAUAGGAGCAAGGAAGGUCGGACUUGAAUUUUAA